AUGGUUGAGACCUUGGACCAGGAGAACAGGUCAAAAGGUGAAGUGAGCAAGGGUGGGGAGCACCACAGCACCGCAGCACCGCAGCCACCACCCGUGUCGCUCGACCAACGCACAAAAGCAGAACACAAUGAUAUCGGAACACAAAGACUCAACAGACAGGGGCUAACGUACUUCACAACGUACCAUGAAUCCUCUGACUGAUGCACUAUCCACACGAAACACACUCGGGGUAAUGCACCAUCCACGAAGAACACUCCCACAGAAUGUUCC